CCUCCUCCUUCUGCCAGGGCCCAACCACACCCAGAACACUCAUUUGGUUAUUUCCUGUAAUCACACCGGCUUCAUCCUCUGACUUCUUAGUACCUUUGCCCAGACUACCCCCCUCGCCUCUCCCACCCAGUUCCUACCAUCUCUCCCAUCCUCCGGCCCCCGCCCCAGCCUCCUCCUGGAGCAUCCUCUAGCUGAGAAGAGAGGGGGGGUGCCUGCCUGGUUACCAUUCCCGCCUUUUUCCAGGAGGAAAAACUACCCCGAUAGACUGGAUUCCCAAACUUACACCCCCGGAGUCUGGCCUGCCUUCGGCAAACCCCAGUGCUAGAGCAUCAGGAUGUUGGUCAGUCUGUAUGACUGUUUUUGGAAUGACCGAUAUUGGUUCCCUAAAGAGUAUUCAUGGGCUGACUUGGAAGAUUCAGAUGGGGCCAUAUACCCUCACCCCAAGGACUUGCUAGCAGUUAUUCCAUUGACAUUUGUCUUAAUAAUUGUCAGAUACAUCAUUGAGAGGGCUGUUGGGUUGCCCCUGAGCAGACUCAUGGGUGUGCAAGAUGGCCACAGGAUCAAGGCUUCUCACAACCCCAUUCUAGAGUCCUUUUUCCAGACCCAGAGUCAGAAUCCAAAAGAGUCUCAGCUGAGUCACCUAGCCACCCAAUGCAGCCUCUCUUUGAGGGAAGUUCAACGCUGGUUUCGACGUCGGAGAAAACAGAAGCGACCAUUAUUGAGCAAGAAAUUCUCCGAAGCCUGUUGGAAAUUUAUAGUUUACUUUUCUUCUUUCUUUGGAGGCUUAUUCAUUGUCUACAAUGAGCCAUGGUUUUGGAAGUCUGAACUAUGCUGGAAUGGAUUCCCUAAACAGGCUCUGAAGCCUGCCAUAUAUUGGUGGUAUCUUCUGGAGUUUGGCGUCUACCUCUCCAUGAUGAUCACCUUAUCCUUUGAUGUAAAAAGAAAAGACUUCAAACAACAAAUCAUCCACCACUUUUCUGCCAUCAUCUUGAUCUACUUCUCUUAUUGUGCCAACUACAUACGAAUUGGGACCCUGGUGAUGUUGUCACAUGAUGUAUCUGAUGUCUUCUUGGAGGCAGGCAAGAUGACCAGUUAUGCACAGUGGAAGAAUUCAAGUACAAUUAUCUUUGUCAUCUUUACUGUGAUAUUUCUCAUUAGCCGGCUAAUCCUCCUCCCAUACAAAAUCCUCUACACUACCUACUACAGUUCCAUGGAAAACCAUAAACCCUUCUUUGGAUACUACUUCAGCAAUGGCUUGCUAAUGAUUCUUCAGGCUCUCAAUGUCUUCUGGUCAUUACUCAUCCUUCACAUGUUCUACAGACUUGUUAUUGCUGACAAGAUGCCAGACGACGUGAGAAGUGAUACAGAAGAACAGAGCACCAGUGAUGAGCAGUCAGAGACAGGACAAAAGAAGCUGGAGUCCAGAGAGAUCACAGACACUUGCAACCUUCCCCAGCCCUGGGGUGUCAGGAGGGCUGUUGUCAACCAAAAAACGUCAUCAAUCAGUUCCAGCAACAUAGCCUGGUUUGACACAGGGACCUCAGAUAAUCCAAAUUAAGGAUGAAUUCUGCAUGGCUGGUCUUCUGACUGCUUGAAGACCAAGUCAAUAUGAGACAUCUCCCAGAUUCUGAUUCAGUGUUCAGCUCCACAGGGCAAAACCAGAGCUGGCCUAGCACCCCUUACUUCUAUUUCUCCAUAUCUGCUUAUCCCCACCCAUAUUGGACUUGAGAGAAGAGAGGGAAAGACAGAAUCUCUGCAUAGAGUUAAUGAUCUUUCCCUUAAACAGCCUUUUCCCCGAGCUAAUGUCCUUGAACUGAUUGUUGAGGCCUGUCCUAUCCCCAAAGUUUUUUAAUCACACAUUCCAUUGGCAUAACAUUUUUGAUCAUAUACCUGCAAUAUGUGCAUGCUGAUUUAUCUCUAAAUCAUAUACAUGUAAUCUAUGAUAACAUUAUUUAUGUUAUACAACUUACACAAAAAUAGAAAUUAAAAAGG